AUGCGAAUUUGGUUGUUGUUUGUGUUUUGUUUGUUCGUGGGGGUGAGAGGAGAGGAUUUCCCUUCAUUAAUAACAGCGAAUGCUUCAAUAGCGGUGGUUCUAGAUCGCCAGUUCCUUGGCGAUCGAUAUCAGACCCUCUUGGACGGAGUGAAAGACUACAUCAAGGAGUUGGCGAGGGUUGAGCUGAAGCAUGGAGGCGUCGUGGUACAUUACUACUCCUGGACUGCCAUCAGCCUCAAAAAAGGAUUUUUGGCAGUGUUUAGCGUGGCUUCGUGCGAGGAUACCUGGUCUUUGUACUCCCGUACGGAAGAAGAAGAAUUGCUUUUAUUUGCGUUGACUGAAGUUGACUGCCCGAGACUGCCAACGGACUCAGCCAUAACUGUGACUUAUGUGGAUCCAGGGGAGGAGCUUCCCCAAAUAAUACUGGAUAUGAGGACUUCGAAGGCGUUCAAGUGGAAAUCUGCUGUCAUUUUGCAUGACGACACGUUAAGUCGUGAUAUGGUAUCACGCGUGGUGCAAUCGCUGACGUCACAAGUUGACUCGGGAACCGCUACGUCACCGGUGUCUGUAUCCGUGUACAAGAUGAAACACGAAAUCAACGAGUAUUUGAGGAGGAAAGAGAUACACAGGGUGCUCUCCAGACUACCUGUUAAGUAUAUAGGGGAAAAUUUUCUGGCCAUAGUAACAACAGAGGUGAUGACGACAUUAUCUGAAAUAGCUCGCGACCUCCUCAUGUCGCAUACUCUAGCGCAGUGGCUGUACGUGAUCUCCGACAUGGACAUGCAACACGGCAAUCUGUCGAGCCACAUCAACACUUUAUACGAGGGAGAGAAUGUAGCUUUCAUAUACAACAUAACGGAUACAAGUCCUGAUUGUAAAAACGGUAUAAUGUGUUACUGCGAGGAGAUGAUGAGUGCGUUCGUUUCGGCGCUGGACGCGGCGGUGCAGGAGGAGUUCGAGGUGGCCGCACAAGUCUCCGACGAGGAGUGGGAGGUGAUCCGCCCCUCCAAGCUUCAGAGGCGGUCGAUGCUUCUGAAGCAUAUGCAGCAAUAUAUAGCGGCUAAAAGCAUCUGCGGCAACUGUAGCACAUGGCAGGCAUUGGCGGCGGACACUUGGGGUGCCACCUACCGGGGGUAUUCCGAGACUGAACCGGUGUUACAAGAUACAGGGCCAUCGGCUAACGUUACUACUGGAGUCAUUGAGCACAUUGAAUUGCUGCAGGUGGGAUUCUGGAGACCGAUCGACGCGAUCAGGUAUGAAGAUGUUCUAUUCCCCCACGUGGAGCACGGGUUCCGUGGGAAAGAUUUGCCAGUCAUCACUUAUCACAAUCCCCCAUGGACCAUAUUGCAAGCUAAUGAGUCUGGUUCCGUCGUGAGCUACAAAGGUCUAAUAUUUGACAUCAUCAAUCAACUUGCAAAGAAUAAAAAUUUCACCAUCAAAAUUUUACUGCCAAGCAAGUUACAGCGUUUAAUAUCAAACCAGACUUCAGAAGAUAUGUCUCACAGUCGAGAUGCGAUGGUGACUUUAGCAGCGGUAGCUAAAGGGCAAGUGGCUUUAGGAGUUGCUGCUUUUAGCAUACUGCCCGAUCCACCACCAGGUAUAAAUUACACGACAGCAGUGAGCUCACAACCUUACUGCUUCAUAAUUGCUCGUCCGCGAGAGCUGAGCAGGGCACUGCUGUUCUUACUGCCAUUUACUACUGACACCUGGCUCUGCCUAGGGCUCGGUGUGAUCCUCAUGGGUCCCACUUUGUACAUAGUGCAUCGUCUCAGUCCGUACUACGAGGCGAAGGAGAUCACCCGCCAGGGAGGAUUGGCGACCAUACACAACUGCCUUUGGUAUGUGUAUGGUGCUUUGUUGCAACAAGGUGGAAUGUAUCUCCCUCGCGCUGACAGCGGCCGCCUAGUAGUUGGCACUUGGUGGCUAGUAGUUCUGGUCGUUGUGACAACUUACUCGGGCAACCUGGUCGCCUUUCUCACGUUCCCCAAGCAGGAAGUGCCGGUCACACAGGUGGCCGAACUGAUAGAGAACCAUCAUACCUACACUUGGGCCAUACAGAAGGGCUCGUAUCUGGAGAUGGAGCUGAAGAACUCGGACGAACCAAAGUACGCGACUUUGUUAAAAGAAGCUGAACUUAGCAGCAGUUCAGAUGGUAUGGAAGGACAUUUAUCAACACUGCAGAAGCAGCUGGAACGCGUUCGGGAACAGCGUCACGCGUUGUUCGACUGGAAGUUGCGGCUUAGCUACCUGAUGAGCGUUGACCAUUUAGUCACCGACACGUGCGACUUCUCACUCAGCACGGAUGAAUUCAUGGAAGAGCGGCUCGCUAUGGUUGUGCCGGCCGGGAGUCCGUAUUUACCCGUCAUUAAUAAGGAGAUCAACCGCAUGCAGAAGGCGGGUCUGAUAAGCAAAUGGCUUCACGCGUACUUGCCCAAGAGAAACCGCUGCUGGAAGACUUCCUCUAUCUCCCAAGAAGUAAACAACCACACCGUCAAUCUCAGCGACAUGCAGGGGUCCUUCUUCGUAUUGUUUUUAAGUAUACAUAAAUGUCGCAGGGAUAUGAUAAAAACAGAGAUUUAGUCAAAUACCUGAGUGAUUUGAACAAAUCACGGAGAAUGUUAAAAAAACAACACAUUUGUCGACCUCCGUGGCCGUGUGGUUUGUAC